AUGGCUAAGGCUAUCAUCACGUCCAUCCUCGAAGCGCAAUUGGGCAAAUACGUCGAUGGCCUCCGCAGUGAAUCGCUCGUUGUGGGUCUCUGGAGCGGGGAGCUGGAGCUGCGUGACCUGACGCUCAAGCCGCACGCACUGGCUGAGCUGCAGCUUCCGGUGACUGUAGCCAGUGGCAGCGUAGCACGGGUACUCGUGCGUGUCCCGUGGAACCAUCUGGGAAGCGCCAGUGUGACCAUCACUCUCGAAGGAGUGACGGCUCUUGUCAUACCUAACACGGAGCGAGCGACAGCAGCAGAAAUGCUGCAGGCCAAGAAGAAUCAGCUCGAGAGACGUGAGCUUUUGCGACAGCAUGACCGAUUUGCCGCGCGCAUGGCCCCAGCUCAGCAGUCGUCGCAUCAGAAAACAGAAGAUGAGAGCACGUUCGCAUCGAGACUGACGGCUCGAAUUGUCGACAAUCUGCAGGUGACGCUGGUGGGUGUGCACUUGAGGUACGAGGACGCUGUGGCUAAUCCCGACGCUCCGUUUGCGUGCGGCCUCAUGCUCGCGCGCUUUCGCUAUUUCACGACGGACGAAGAGGGACGAGAGGCGUUUGUGGAUCAAGCAUCCGUGAGCAGCGCUUUUACGUAUAAAAAGGCAGAAGUCACGCGGUUUGGAAUGUACUGGGACCGACUGGAUGCUACAGACAAGAGCGCGAGACUUGAGACUGACCAAAAUGCCCCGAAAACGAUGCAAAAAAUGGUAGACGCGCUCAGUGAAGAGAGUAAUGUACAUAUUGACAGGUCAAGGCGAUGGGUGCUGCGUCCGUGCUCAUUGAUGGUACAGCUUACGAAAAACGAAAGUGCGGACUACUUGGCAGUAGCGAAGUACACGAUAGAAGCGGAAGUGGGCUUGCUACAGGGAGGUUUGACACGUGAGCAGUAUGAGGAUGUGCUGUUCUUGCAGCGUGCAUUUUUAGGUCGGCGUGCAGUCGAAGCACACUUUGCACUGGCGAGGGGGCGGCCAUUGCAUACACCCGAAGCGCGCCCUCGUGAGUGGUGGGACUAUGCUGCUCGCCAGGUGCUCGAGCAACGCAAGUCGAAACUUCGGGUUCAGUCUACGGAUGCUAAUGCGCAUCUCGGGUGUCAACAGCGACGGCCUCAUUGCCGCAAACUGCGAUGGUCUUCUGUGCAUAAGGCACUGCUUGAGCUGCAGUUGUACAUGGAAUGUUUUCGCGCGGAAUUGCGCAGUGGACAUCCUUUGGAUCCUUCGACGAGACAAGGCAAGUUGAAACAGCGGUACGAAGAGAUCUACCCGGUCGAUGUAGUUUUGCACUUGCGCGACGUCGUCGAAGAUGCCGAAGAGCGUACACGAGAAGAAGCAGAGGCUUCGGCAAAGGCACAAUCCAAGCCCCAAGAUGUCCAAAGUGGUGGUGGCUCCUGGUACUCGUAUUUUUUCGGUGGAGAUAGUGUUGCUGCUGAUGGGCAAGACGAAGAUGAGGAAGAGGGGCAAGUGCUGUCUGCAGAAGGACGUGAGAAUUUGCGUGAGGCCUACAACGAUGCUGUAGUAAAGGCCAGCAGCUCGCACGAAGUGCCGACGGGGUGCAAUCUGGUGUCUGUCCUGGUACAGCUUGUUAAUGGCUCGAUGGGUCUUUAUCAGUCCAAUAUUCACGAGGAUCCAUUUGUCAUUGGUACAUUUCGUGGGUCACUUGCUGUAAACAUUCAGCCGGAAAAUGAGUGGGAUGCCAGGUUACGCGUUCAGCACUUUGACAUUCUGAACGGGCUAGCAAGCGAUUCUCGGUUUCACUCAUUCUGCAGCCCGUCAGCCUUGCCACCAUCUCGGGUCGAGGAGAGUACCGCUUGCAUCAGUAUCGAUAUUAGUCGGCGAGCAAUGGUGCAAAAGUACCAAGCAUGGAGCGAUAAUGAUGUACAAGCCACGGUAAACGUACGUGCGAGAUCGGAGCCUAUUCGUGUGAUGGUUGAUCCAGCAUUCGUAAUAUUCCUGCACGCAUUCUUCGUUAGCUUAGUAUCCGAUAAGCAGCUUGAAAGAGUUUGGCAGUUUGCAACAUCUUCCGUAGCAGACUGGAUGUUUGCUGAUGAUCCGAUCGAUGGAACGGCGAUCUUGGAGUCAAUUGACCAUACCGCACAAAAGGAAGCCGAAGAAGCGGAGUUGAUGCGCUUACUGGAAAAGGCAGAAGGCCGCACUGCGUACGACAUCCAGGUGAACAUGAACGCGCCUGUGCUCAUACUACCGGAGAAUGUUACCGACACGACUGGCGCCGUUCUUGUCGUCGAUCUUGGCAUGCUGAGCUUUUGCAACGAAGAGAAGGUAACACCAAUCAAGAAGUUUCCGGCCACCGCCAUUGGUACUGCUGCUGAUGAUCCGCAUCGCUUGCACUGGCGGCUGGAGAUGACGAAGAUUUGCGUACUGCUCGGUUGCCAGGAUCAAUUAGUGGAAUGGACGGACGACGAGUUACGUGCUUUUACCGAAAUAGUGGAAGAGCUAUCAAUUGUAUUUUCGCUGCAAACACAAGCAUCAUCUUCACGCCUAAGACUUCCGUCGCGGGGGAAAAAGAAUGAUGUCGCAGCUAAGCCACUGCCACAAGUUGGCGUCUACGCUGCCAUUGAUACGAUAACGUUAUUGCUAACUGAAAAGCAGCUCGUGGCACUGGGACAGAUCCAUUCGUCCAUCAUCCAAGCCAGUGCUAGCACUCGCGACAACGAUAGCCGCUUGUCAUAUUUCGUAGAGGAAGAGCUUGCCAGUACCGAGGAUGAUACGGCCGGGUUUAAUAACACCAUCGACGAACGCCCCGACAACAUGAUUGGUGUUACCACUACCACAGAUGAGAAGUUCUUACUUGAGAUGCAACUUUCGCUUGGAUGUGUGGAGGUAAACUUGCGCGAGUCCGCUGCGAAGGAUGCAUUCGUCUUGCGUGCGUCGUGUACUUCGUUUGCCGUCGAAGCGUACUCGGCUCAUCAGCUGUUCCACGCACGACUCAAGACGCUUGACAUGGAAGACAAGCUCUACGAUUCUGAUUCGCGAUUUUACAGGUUGAUUUCUACGGGCGAAAAUGAGAGCGAGAGCCCUUAUCUGAUUGCGAUCGACGUUGCUGCAUUUUCUGCGGACUCUGCAGCGAAGAAGGAGCAGAAUAGGGGAGGGGGGCAUGCGAAGCUGGAAGCCAAUGUGCAGGUGAAUGUGCUACAUUUACAGUGGAAUCCUUCGUCUGUGGCAUUGUUUUAUCGCAUUCUUUCCGGCUAUGCAUCUGUGUUUCGAUCGCCCAACGAUUCAACGCUACCACGAGAAAGAUCGACAUCAUCGUUUUACAGGGCAUAUUUAUUAGAGACGACUGGUCGGACCGGACACGGUGAGACGAAGGAAAGAGUUGCCACGCUGUCCAGUUUGCGGUCUCGAGGACAACCUGUUGUUGUGGUGCGUGCAUCGCUAGUUCGGUUCAGUCUGACGUUGAACAAAGACCAGCUCGACCGGCAGCUAGCGCGCUUGGAUCUGAGCAAUGCAGAUGUUAGCUAUACCAGCUACAGUGUAGAUGGCAAAAAGAUAUCAUCUGACGACACGUUCGAGGUUACGGGCCACGUGGGAAACUUUGUGGGCACCGAUUUGACCACAUCGAAGCACCCGUUGUACUCGACUUUACUUGGUCUGGAUGCCCGUGAAGCCAGUCGCUGUAGCAACUCGGGGAUAGAACUGGAACCGUUGUUGACGUUCGAGUUCGUCAGUGACCCGUUGGCAAGCGACAAGAGCGCUUUGCGGCUGGCAUUUCAACCAAUCCGUGGUGUAUACUAUCACCAGCAAGUUUUAGAACUUGUGGACUUUGUGUUCGAAGGAGUCAUGGGUGCAAUGGUGAGUCAAACGCUGGUGAGCGCCACGCAACUGAUACUUCGCGAAGAUGAGGCUAGUGUUGUGCUCGAUUUGAGCGUUCUGAAACCCACGCUGGUACUUCCCUUGAGCUUAGAAGAUGCUCCCCAUGUUAAGGUCACCGCAGAUGUGCUGCGACUACUUCACUUUCCAUCCAGCGUUGUGCACUAUGAGGGGGAAGGUUCGGAAAGAAGUAAGCGGGUUGUGCAUGAUGAAGCAGCUGAUAGCUCAACUUCUGGCAGGCCUGUCAACGGAGGUGGUGGUAUUUCGUUACGAGUGGACUGUAAAGACCUCUUUCUCGAGCAGGUCCGCAUAUUUUGCACAGCAACGAAUGCAGGCAAGAAAAAGAAAAAAAAUGCCGACGGAAGGCCUUUGUACGAAGAUCUUUUGCCCAAUCCUGCUGACCUGAAGAUCAGUAUCGAGGACCUUGUGUCAUCAACGAUUUCUUUGGAUGACGAAAACGUGCGCGGCAAGAAUGGGGCAAAAGCGGUGUUUCUUCCGCGCAUUACAGUGAACUCGGUUUUACCUCCGCUGGAAGUGCACUUAUCUCGUACGAGUUACUUGGGUAUAGUCGCUCUUGUGAUAUCUAAUUUUGGUGCUGACGAGCUACAAAACGUGAUUGACGCAACAGAAGAGAAUGGCCAAACUGUCAACGCCCGAGUCCUUCGUAGAAGACGCAGCAGUGCUGGUGUACUACCGUCCUUACGCCCCACUGUGACGUAUACCUAUCUCCAGGCGGACGCAGAUGAAACGACAUUUCAUGUGCGAUUUGCUAUGGAGAAUGUCCGAAUCUUGUUGUUCUCGGACGAGCAAGUAAAAUCAUUCGCACACAGUGACAUGUCAGUAGGUUCGACUGUGCAGCGCACCCUUUCAGAUAUCGGGCAAACUGUGGACAAAAGCGCUUUUGUCGAGGUCGUCGCAACUGAUUUUUCGCUGGAGUUCGAUAGCGAAUUUAAUAAGAAUCCGUGCUUGGCGCUGCGUCUGGGAGCGUUCAAUGCUCGAGAUUUGGUAGGAGCGUGCGAGAAUUCGAUUGGCAGCCGGAAAAGCGUAACGUUGCUCAUUUCACCCCAGCCUCUGGAAAUACGCUACACAUGGGACGACGUUUUGCUUGUGGGUGAACUGGAUUUGGUCUCUUCCGAUGUCACAGGUACCGUAAUCCCGAAGGCCCUGUUUGCACUUUACAGAUUCUUCGCGCUCCCUUCAGGGCCGAGUCAGGCCGAACCUGCGAUAGAAAACGCUUUGACCGAGCCAAUAAACCAAAUGACAUCAUCGAGGGCUUAUGCAGCACCGCCAGCUAUAUCCAUGUCGACGCGGCGCGAGAGUAUAUCGGAUAUUCUACGCGAUGGGAAGGAACCAGAAUUGGCAGUAACGAUUCGUGCGACAGCCAAGCGAGUGGGCAUUGCGCUUCCGCGCGACGCAUACGAUCCAAAAAGCCCACGCGUUGCUUGUGCGGGCGACUUUACGCUCGAGUUUACGUGGAAACCACGUCCCGACCGCAACAAAGAGGCAGAUUGUGGGUUGAAUAUCCAGAGCAGGAUUCUCGCUGAUGCGCACAAUGUGGAAGUAGUACUAGAGAAUGCCAGGCGGCCGGGCUGUUGCGUGGCGUCUCCGUCGUCUAAUGCAAAGUGGGAUGCUAUCGUUAUUGCACCGUUGAUUCAGUUGCUUGAACCAUGCUCUCUGCACGUUGAAGUGAGCGAUCUGUUUCCGCGUGCGGGCCAGCAGCAACAGAUCGUAGCGUUGAGCUUUACGCCAAUCGAAGUGUUUGUGUCGUACGACGACGCUUGUCUGGCAAUGGACACGAUGGAAUUUCUGGAUGAAGCGAUCUCGCGACGCGGCACGAAUCGCGAUAGUUUGAGCUCCCGCCAAGUAUCGUUUUGUGAAAGUCCUACUGUUUGCUCACGGACAAGGUCACGUACGUCGUCACGGACUAUCGUGGGAGACACUGCAAAGGAGAAAGAAUUCCAUCGAUAUUUUACGUGCAAACUGCCAUCUGUCAACCUGACGCUGAUCAAUGACUGCGAUGGAUGUGACAUGGGACUUGCGCAGUUGCAGAUCGAGCGGUGUCAACUUUUUCUGAACGCCACAGACGUCUCGCAAUUGGGGGAGGAUGACAUUGUAUCUGAUUCCUUUUCAGAACAUGAUUGGUCUUCGUUACCAGUGACGACAACGAUAACUGGUGGCGGGAGCUUGAUUGUGCUCGUGUCGUACUAUAACCCAGAUACACGUGAUUGGCACCCCAUGUGCACGGAGUGGGCACUCGAUACGUCAGUCCAAGGGUCGAUUUCAAGCGACAGUGAAUUGCAUGUUACUCUUACCGCGUCGCAAUCGCUGGACCUCACUAUUACGCAGGGGUUGCUGGAAGUCAUGGCAUCAGUGGGCGGCGCAUGGAAGCGUCGAGCAGCUUCAAUCACGGCAAGGAAGUUUGCCACAGAAAACGAAAAAGAGGACGCAGAAACGAAGCGACGCGAAUUGGCUCCUUGUGUGAUCUGCAACGAGACUGGGCUACCGCUGAGUUUCUGGCUCACUAAUGGUUCUUUUACGACGGAGCCGCAAGUUUUGCCCACACAAAGCUCGGCUGAUGUUCGUUACAUUCAUGCUUCGGGUCGAGGGCGUGGUGUGGUUCGUCGUUAUGCAUCUAACGAUCGAGAUUCUGCAAACUUACGCCUCAGUUUGCAGUUGAUGGAAUCGAAAAGCACGGCUGUCGGCGGUGCGGCACGGUUCCAGUCCAUACAAGGACUAAUUUUUGAGCAGUUGGGUGCUCGCACUUUUCCUCUAGUGGAUAUGCACGGGCAGAGAACAAGCUUUACGUUAAGCUUGUCGGCUCAGCUUGUUGAAGGUCGCAUCUUGCUGAUAAUCUCGUCACCUAUCAAGUUAAUCAAUCGGUUGACGUCCUGUCGUCCCGUUGCGCUCCUCGUGAAUGACCCAGCGUGGCAAUCACCAGUCGAGAUCGGGAUCUUGAGGCCGAGCCAAGACUCGGCCAUACCUGUGCUGUUUUCCCUGGCGUCAGAGCUGCGUUUGCGACCUGUGGAGGAUGGCGCCUCAUACUCGUGGAGUGCCCCUAUUCCAUUACAGACGCUUUCCGCGGUCGAUCUCAAGGUACAAGCAGCCGCUUCCUCGACCUCGUCCUUCCGUGGGAGAGUGGCAAAUGACGGUGAUGGUCAGAACGCUGUGUACUGUGCUUCGAUAUCGAGCGACAAAGAGAUGCGUGCUAUAGUUCUUGCCGAGCCCCUUGUUCUCGUCAAUAAGUUACCGGUGCAAAUUACUUACCGCGUGCGGUCCGCGUCGAGCUCAGCUUAUGGAUUGGGGAUAAACGAUUCUCCAUCAGAAGCAGAAACGAUUGCUGCGGGAGGCAAGGCUAGUAUCUGGUGGACUGAUAUUUCUCAGCGACCGCUAUUUCAGCUGCUUGUAGAAGGCUGUACGUCGCCGUCUAAGUGGCUAGAGCUAGCGCCUCACGGAACAGCUACUGGGACGGUGUUGUCCGUACAGCUGUCUCGCGUGGACGACGGACGCCCUUUCCGGCUUCUUUUGCGAGUGGUGGGGGAUGUCAAUUACGCUGCUAGACCUAUACGUGUGGAAUUUCUUGCCGACAUUUGGGUCAUCAACCGCACGGGAUUGGAGUUGGUGUACGGCACAGGUGCAGACAGUGAAGCUUACAUGCCACCUCGUGCAGCACGUGCCCAGGUGGGCAAUGCCCAAAUCAGUGCAUACUCAAGUGACAGUAGCGGAAAAGUGCCCGUGGUGCGUAUUGGCUUGCGUGGGUGCACCUGGUCGGCGCGAUUCGAGGCAGACCCGAAAAGGGUUAGCUGGCAAGAUGAGUGCAUUACGCUCCGCUCGGCAGGUAGCAGCGGGUCUUCUGGCGGCACCGUACUGUACGAGCUGGGAGUAUCAGCAGACUACGCAACUCGGCAUUUUGGCUCGGUCACAACACUUGUGAGUGUCAUCCCUCGUUAUCUGGUCAUUAAUCAAUCGUCGCACACGUUAUUACUGCGUGAGACUUUGGUCCGUCCACACGAAGAAAUCGAAGAUUCUGUCAACGACAACGUUGCGCAUCAUGUACUUGGAGUAAAUGACACGUAUGCGCUCUACUGGGUAGGAGGCACUCGAGCUUUGCUGCGCGCGUCAGUGCUUUUGAAUCCUGACGCAUCUGACACGCUGUGUAGUGAAGGCUAUGACUGGAGCGCAACCUUUGCUGUCGAUCGCGUCGGUACGGCAAACUUGUUGGUGCCGCCACGCUCUAGCGGGCGCGGUGUCCACUUAAAUGUGGAAGUGAAGAAGGGCAGCUUGUCUCAGGCUUCGUAUGUGGCGGUGGUGACUGACAUGUAUGCCGAGCUGCCGACUCCUUCGUCGUUGAGUCUAUCAACUACUAGUUUGGCAGACUCUCUAUCCGCGAGGGAUGUGGUAGCAAGUACUGGGGCAGCUAAAUGGCAAACGUUUAGCCUCCACGCACACGUGGCCGGCGUCAUUGUCACAGUCACCGACAAGAAACAAAGCGGGAUCGUUGAGGAGUCGCAAAGUCUAUUUUCCGGGAAGUAUGCAGAUGAAAGUGAGUCAGUGGCACGUGCGACAUUCACAAGCAUUGGCGUGGAGGCGUCUUGGUCGCCGCAUGCAACUGCUGCCAAGCUUACUCUCGCGGGACUGAAGGUAGAGGACCUUCUUCCACAGUCCAAAAACCGCGUCGUGCUGCGACCACUGUUACAAGGUGACAGCGCUCUCAGUCAUGUGAAAGCAAGUGGGGACAAGUAUUUUCUUGAGCUGACGUAUCUCGAAAAACCACACGCGAAAUACACGUGGGUGGAUCGAGUCAAAGUGGAACUGCAAAACAUGAAGGUAUCGACAUCCAUGCGCUUUGUUGAUCGACUCAACACGUUGCAGCAAAAAACGGUAGCGCACUUUCAACAGAAGUCGCUGGUAGCUGCUUUUCCGGAUGAACACAACAGCAAUGACACAUACGACGAGGAAUGUGACUUGCUUGCCUAUUUCGUGCCUCCAAAGACAGGAGACGAGAGUACAAGUGCGGUCGACAUGGCAGCGAUGACAGGCCGGAAGCUGUACAUUGCAUCGGGCGAAAUCUCGCCCGUGCGCGUGCUUGUAAGUUUUACGCGCAACAAAAGUGAUUCGAGCAAGCGUGCUAACGAGGGAUUCUGGCUCUCCAAUCUCAAGAUCAAGAUCGAAAACGCGUGCGUGACGUUAGAAGGCUAUCAACUGUCUCAUGCACUGACCACGCAAGAGUCGCUGAGCUCUUCCAUUGUGCGCUUUUACGAGCAAUCCGUCAAGUCACAAGCGCUCAACCUUAUCGAAUCGAUCGAGGUGACGUCGCUUGUGACGAGCAUGGUAGCGGGUGGCGUCACGUCGCUAGUAUCCACGUUGCGCGGCAGAGCUGAUCCAGCCGCUGCUGCUGGCGCUAUGGCUCCCGGAUUGCUUACAUCAAGCUCUUCGAUGGUCAACAGUCGAAAUUUGCCGGGCGUUCCAUUUCGCUUGGAGCACAUGUCGAAUGGUGAAAUCAUGCGAAAGCAUUCACGAGCACUGGACGAGUGCCGCAGCAACACGGAAUUCUUGCGUCAAGUUCGACACCUAGUGUACGACUGGGAUGCUAACCACAUCGGUCUGGAGGCACGCGGGUGCGUUGCUCUUGCCUUGAUCAACAACUCGCGACAUUCGUUGGUGGUAAACACACAGCUGAACGACGGAGCAUCGCUGCGAGCUCUACCACUUGGUAGACGGCACCUUGCAGGUAUUUUGGAUGUCUCGACUGAAGCUGGAUCCGCAUCAGCUGCAGGAGGCAGUGCGACAGCGUGGCGGGCAGACCGUGCUGUUGUGGUGUUUGCUUACGGCUACACGCCGACAUUGCUGACGUCAGGCGACGUAUACUUCACGGUUCAGUCAAACGCCUGCAAUAUAUACGCAACACGCAAGAGUGCUCGGCUGAAGGCCAACCGAGGGUACACGGCAACGUUCACGCUACAAGAAGCUCAAACCUGGUGGUCAGUGAAUGUGGUCAUUAUUGGUGACGACUUGCAGGUCAACGAGAACCCCAUGCCUGCAACUGAUUCGGACUCGUUGUUCGGGGAAGCACCAGCUGCAGUCGAGCUGGAGGCAGCUUCCACGGAAGGCAACGAUGAGUUUGAGGUGGAGUUCUCAGGUGCAUCGCUGGGUCUUGUUGCCGAGCAGAGCGGACGAUCGGUGAUCGUGCGCGAGUGUGUCCCCUCCAGUGCAGCCGCAAAAUCGGGGCGUAUCUCUGCGGGUGACUGUGUUGUCGCAGUGAACGGCAUGAGCGUUGCCAAUACGGCGCAAUUCAAAUCGCUUGUUGGUAAGACGCCGCGGCCGGUAGUGCUGCGCUUUCGGCGCAAGUGUAACGCAGCGUACGAUCUCUUUGGCGAGCGCAAGCAAGAGGAUGGAGGAUAUAAUCUCUUUGGCUAG